AUGCUCAAGAAUAAAAAAUACAAUAACUUUGUAAUUGGUGUGGAAUGUAGUACUUUGGCUGUUCAAGAACUAUUCGAUGAGUAUAUUGGCACAGGUAACUAUACAAUCGAAAAUCGAUCAACAACUUGUUCCAUUUAUUCUGCAUAUGAUAAUCGAUUAGUGGUUGUUGUAUGUGAUAUCUUUGCCGAUGAACUUACUCCAUCGCUUAUUGGUGGACAUGUUUCAUUUGUUUGGGAUCGAGCAGCAUUAACUGCUUUACAUCCUGCGAAUCAUUUGCUAUACAUCGAAAAAUUAAGACAACUGUCUGAAGUUCAUAGUCAAUAUUUAAUAAGUGUGUAUUGGCAUCCAGAACCACCAGAUCAAGGACCAGCAUUUUCGAUUAGCACUGAAUGUAUUAGUAAACUUUUUCCACAUGAUCAAGUAUUGCAGCUCGAUGAUAUAGAUGCUAAAAAUGAACGAUGGGCUGAUACUGCAUUUGAACAGUUACGUGAAUGUUGUUAUUGUAUUGAAACCUAA